AUGGACGAGGGUAGAGCACAAUUAUGUGACUUCGGAAUCAUGUCGUUGCUCGCAGAAAUCCCAUCUUUGCCACAGCCAUCUGGAGGUAUUCGCUCUGCGGUGCGAUGGACCGAUCCUCAGUUAUUUGAUGUCCAAAAAGGCGAAAUCAAUCCAAGUAUCCCAACGGAGCAGACUGAUAUAUAUUCAACAGGCAGUGUUCUCCUACAGUUGCUCACGGGAUCAAUACCUUACUAUGACAUCAAGGAUAAUAUUCAUGUCCUUGUAUUGUCUUCGAGAGGCGUAAAGCCCAAAUGUCCUCCAGAAACGAACGUCAGUAGUGCACAGUGGAAUUUUAUUCAAAGAUGUUGGUCUCCUUGCGGACUUGCCAGUCAUCCAACUAUCGAGGAAAUGGAAGAAUUUCUCGAGUCUGAGCUAUGGAUGGCAGAUAUGGGUUAG